UUAUUUUUUUGAGAUCAGUACCUCCGACAAUCCGAAGCGACCACGUGCACAUUUAAGGUAUCCGAUUAUCAAUCGGUUGGCUGUCCAAAUGGCUGUCGAUUAAUUUCACAAUUUACGGUUUUGCAAUAAAGCUAGUAAAAUGUCUAUCAGACUAGUAUCAUUGGUUUUACUAAACAAAUCUGCUGGUCUCUCCUCAUUGCCAGUUAGCCAAUGUCUUUGUCCCUCUGUUUCUUCUUAUAUUUUUAAAAGAUAUACAAGAAAAAGUACAUCUCGGUUUCCUGCUGAAGAUGCAGUAACACGACUCGAAGAUAUGGCAAGGAAGUUUCAACCCCCUCCUUAUAGUAAAAAUCCUUUAGAUACUCCAGCUGACAGCGGAAUAAAGUUGGAUUCAACAGACAUUGCAAAAUCAGUUUACUAAUCCAGCAAACAAACCGUAUUGGCGAUUUGUUAAGGAAGUAGAAAAACCAAGAGUAAUUAAUGCUGCAUUAAGUGCAGUGAGUGAAAAUGACCUUUAUGCCCAAGUUACAGUUCGCUUGCAUACUGAGCAGAUUUUGACUAUACGAGAUCGCUUUAAUCGCAUUGUUACAGGUGAUCCUAAAACACCUCGCUCAGUAAUCGAUUAUGUUGUGUUUGAAAGACAUUUACCAGAUCCUUAUGGAAAGUGGCGAAUAUGUGGCAAACUAAAUCCACGCUAACAUUUAAAUGUAAAAACUCAUUUUGAAAUACACGUUUAUAUUAA